CCAUGGUCUCUGAAUUGUGACAGUAGAGUCACAAUCCAAUCAAAUGUUUGUAAUUCUAGGUCCCAUUUUGUGACGAAGGGUGGUGUAAUUGCUGUAUUUAUUCCAUGAAUCAACUAUAUUAACUUAUUAUGAUAUGAACUGAAUUAGUCUUUGACAUUCUUAGUAAAAAAAUAACAACCAUUUGUGAGGUAUGCGACUGCGUUGGUAAAAUUGUCAAUUUAUGAGAUAUGUAUUCAUUUGAAGGGGACUUUCGGCGUAAACCGCAACAAAACUUGUCUGGGGCCAGUGCUCAGCGCAAAACCAACCGAGAUGCUCUCAUUCUCCAGACUCAACAACAAAGACAAAAACGAGAGGAGCAUAGGAGACGCCUUAAUAGCACCAUUAAAAUCCAAGCAUAUGUGAGAAGUUACCUGACUAGGAAACAUUGCAAGCAGAGUGAGCGGGAGGAGUUUGACAACAUAUUCCCUAAAGUUAAUGCUGAUGAUGUUGACCUGUUGUGUGCACUGGUUGUAAAAAUUCUGUUCUUUUACGAUGGAAAAGUGGAUUCUUCUAGACUGAUCUCAGUUUCCCAAUUGUUGUUAAAGCAAUGGCGAAAAGUUUUUCAAAAUGGAGGCUAUUAUAUUCAAAUAAGAAGGCUACUUGUCCUACACCUACGGCUGUUAAAAGAUGGAUCAGAGGUACCUCUAGCUGUGCCACUCAGAAUGUUUGAAGUAUUCACAUCGGUAAAUUCAGCAGAAAACUCUAUGAACUCUGAUGAAGUAAUGAGCAAUGUUGCUGGAACAUUUUUGUAUUUAGUAAAAAGAGGCUACUUCACGGAGCUACGGGAGUUGUUAUGCCGGAAGACGCCCCCGCUGUACGGUCCCUCUCCCAACCCGCCCACGCCCCUUUGCGGAGCCCUGCUGGACCUUAUUCAGAGACCUGUCAAUCUGACCACGCGCGUUGACGUCAGUGGAUAUGAUAACAUGGUUAUGUCAGAAUUCGCAUCCGCAUUCCUCUGCAACCCGUACCCCGAGCCGGUGGAGAUGUACAUAAUCCCAGCACUGUCCGUGGACACCAGAAAGUUCCCAUUCCUGGCCCUCAUACAGUGUCUACAGGACGAGACCAUAUUCAACAAGAGAGUGCUCAAUGAUUCGUGGCUACUGCAUUCUGUGCUUUCAUUAGAACCUCCAGGGUUUGCAAAUGAAAUCCGCAAUAUAAACAACACAAGACUGCCAAACAAUCCCAUCGUCCUAGACUACCUUAAAAUAAUAGCCCAGCUCACCGUCAACGUGUGCAAUAAACAAAUAACUUACGAGUACGAGGACUCCUUGUACAGCCAAGAGACUGCGGCAGACAAGGAUGACGAUAGCGACAGUGAGACAGAACCAAACCCAACCUCUGUACGAGAGCAGAUGCUGCUCACUCGUUGUAUAGAAAUACUGAAUGAGCCGGAUAGAUGCGUCAUGACUACGUGCUCGCAGAUAACGGAGAGUGACCUUAGUGAGGACUUCUUGGAUUGCUUGUCGAAGAUCUGCCAUAAUUUGCUGCUGAGUCAUAGGAUGGCGUUGCAUAAAUAUAGAUUACUAUACACCCUCGCAUUCAAGCCGAUAUUCCUGCGAGGGCUGUGGCACUGGCUGAGCCACAUGAGCCACGAGUCCUCGUUCGGCGGGUCAGUGACCCCGCUGCUGUCCGCGCUGUCCCGCGGCAUGGGCGCCGAGUCCGCCUCGCUCGGCGUGCAGCGGCUGCUGGCGCCGCUGGCCGUCUUCUGCGCACUGUUCUCGCUGCUGAUCGGCACGCUGCACGACACAGAGUUCUGCAGGGACAUAGACGACGAUGACAGCAUGAGCUGCGACUCCAUUUUUAAUAAUGACAUCAGCGUAUCUCACUUAUCAACCGGCGGCGGCGGCCGCGUCCACGCCUUCGAGUUUUCAGAGCUCGGCGGUUUAUGCCGGACGCUCCGACAAGUGUGCCUCGGGCUGGUAGAGCUGGCCUAUCCGGAGUCUCGGCCGGCGGUCAACACACAGUACCGGGACGCGGUCGGAGCGCCUAUAGAGCUGGCUGGCAGUCAGACGCCUGCCUGGUCACAUUUAUUUAAGGUGUGCACGCACCUCCUCCGCGCGCUGUACGUGCGCGACUCGCGGCUGCGCUUCCUGCCGGCGGGGUCGUGGCCGGCGCGCGGCUGCGUGCCCGAGGGCGCGGCCGCCGUGCUCGUGGUGGCGGGCACGCACGUGCGGCCCAACCCGCGCCAGCUGCGCCGCCCGCACCACCCGCACCGCGCCAGGGAACAGGACGAGGGACCACCGCUAACCAUCAAAGAGCUCCGAACAGUCACUAUUCUAAGAGAAAUCCCGUUUGUCGUUCCAUUUGCUACGAGAGUCCUUAUUUUCCAAGGAUUACUUGUUAGAGAAAAGCACGACCACUGGUAUGAGAUGUCAAACUUCAAUGAGGGACCUUCAAUAAACAUUAGCGUACGACGGACGCAUCUAUAUGAAGAUGCUUUUGACAAACUCAGUCCUGACAAUGAGCCUGACAUGAAGCUGAAGCUGCGCGUGCAGCUCAUCAACCAGGCUGGUGCCGAGGAGGCGGGCGUCGACGGCGGUGGACUAUUUAGGGAGUUCCUUUCAGAGCUACUCAAAUCGGCUUACGACCCCAAUAGAGGCUUGUUCAGGCUGACGAAAGACAACAUGCUGUAUCCCAAUCCCGGGGUACAUUUAUUAUAUGACGACUUCCCUAUGCAUUACUAUUUCGUUGGACGUAUGCUUGGAAAGGCAUUAUACGAGAACCUACUAGUGGAACUGCCGUUAGCCGAGUUCUUCCUCGGGAAGCUGUGUUCCUCCCGCGAGCCGGACGUACACGCGCUGGCCUCCCUGGACCCGGCGCUGUACCGCGGCCUGCUUAUGUUGAAGGCACACCGGCGGCAAGACGUGCCCGACCUGGGGCUGGACUUCACGAUAGUCAGCGACGAGCUAGGGGAACAACGGAUAGAAGAAUUAAAACCUGGCGGAUCUAACAUUCCAGUAACGUCUGAAAAUAGGAUAGAAUACAUUCAUCUCGUAGCCGAUUACAAAUUAAACAGGCAAAUAAGGUCGCAGUGUAACGCGUUCAAACGCGGUCUAACCUCGGUAGUAAACGCGGAGUGGCUUCGAAUGUUCUCAUGCCGAGAACUGCAACUGCUCAUAUCGGGCGCGGAGGUGCCGAUAGACUUGGACGAUCUGAGGGCGCACACGCAAUAUGCUGGCGGGUUUUCCGCGACGCACCCGACGGUGCAGUGGUUCUGGAAGGUGGUGGAAAACUUCGAGGACGCGCAGCGGCGGCAGCUGCUCAAGUUCGUCACCAGCUGCUCGAGGCCACCGCUACUGGGUUUCAAGGACCUCCAGCCCCCGUUUUGCAUCCAGUCCGCGGGCGCAUCCGACCGGCUGCCGUCGUCCUCGACCUGCAUGAACCUGCUCAAGCUGCCCGAGUUCCACUCCGAGCAGCAGCUGCACGAGAAGCUGCUCUACGCCAUACAGGCCGGCGCCGGCUUCGAGCUCAGCUAAAGUGAG